AUGUCUAAGCCACCAUCCAAACCGAAAUCUGGUAUUGGCAGUGUGAAGGAAUACAAUGUGCGCUUAGCAAAGACUGGGAUAGUCCAUCAUGGCAUGGGUUUCAACGCCAACCUUAAUGUGAACUUCGACAAAUGGGAUGAGGUCACUAUUCAGAGGGAGAAUAAUUGGGAGCAAUCGCGUCCCAAGGAGGAGGAGCAGCCCAGGUACGGCCCAGGCACGGCUUACAACGGGGGACGCAAGAGGUUCCGCAAAACCAGUCCCCCGAAAAAAUAUCGAGCCAAGGAUCAGCCAUGGAUACUGACUGUGGGCGGCAAGCAGGGCAGGCAGUACAAAGGCAAUCGCGAAGAAGAGCGUGGAAACUUGUUCCUCUUCUUGCAGGCCAAGGAUGGAUGGAUCGACGCCUAUCCGAUUAAGGACUGGUACAACUUUCAACGCAUUCCAACCCACAAGACGCUCUCUGCGGAGGAGGAGUACGAGCCAGUGCCAAAAAAGAACGCCGACUCCGACUAUUCCGAUAUUGAGUCCGAGUUGAACUGGUACGACAGGAAGCCAAACAACAGAGACGUUGGCCGAAAAGGGAAACAGCACGAACUUGGGGUGAACAAGGAUGACGAAGACCCCGAUGAAGGGUCAGACGAUAGCGAUGACGAGUCGGACGAUAGUGAUAGUGAUGAUGAGUCGGACGACAGCGAUGAUGAGUCAGACGACAGCGAUAGUGAAUCGGACGAUGAGGAGGACUCAGACGACUCCGAUAGUAGCUCCACUGAGGACGAGUAA